GAAGGAGGGGGUGGAAGCCGGGCCGGGGCGGCCAGCAGGCAAUUUGCAUGAGAGACAGACUGGGAAUGAGCUGGAGUGGGCGCCUCUCCGCGCACACAGAGCGGGGCAGGAGGGGGAGGAGGAGGGAGCUGCCGCCGCCGCCGCCGCCGGGGAGAGGCGGCGAACUCCGGGCAAAGUUUGGAGCCGCGGGCCCGCGGCGCUGAGGCAGCGCGAGAGCGGCGGGCAGAGCGCGGAGCCGGCGGCGGGCGCUGCCGGCACAGCCAGCAUGUCCUCCAUCCUGCCCUUCACUCCUCCCAUCGUCAAGCGGCUCCUGGGCUGGAAGAAAGGCGAGCAGAACGGGCAGGAGGAGAAAUGGUGCGAGAAGGCGGUGAAGAGCCUGGUGAAGAAGCUGAAGAAGACGGGGCAGCUGGACGAGCUGGAGAAGGCGAUCACCACGCAGAACAUCAACACCAAGUGCAUCACCAUCCCCAGGUCCCUGGAUGGGCGGCUGCAGGUGUCCCACAGGAAGGGCCUCCCCCACGUCAUCUACUGCCGCCUGUGGCGCUGGCCCGACCUGCACAGCCACCACGAGCUGCGCGCCAUGGAGAUGUGCGAGUUCGCCUUCAACAUGAAGAAGGACGAGGUCUGCGUCAACCCCUACCACUACCAGAGAGUGGAGACCCCAGUGCUGCCCCCGGUGCUGGUGCCUCGGCACACGGAGAUUCCGGCCGAGUUCCCGCCCCUGGAUGACUACAGCCACUCCAUCCCAGAGAACACUAACUUCCCUGCAGGUAUCGAGCCCCAGAGCAACUACAUUCCAGAGACCCCUCCUCCAGGCUAUCUGAGUGAGGAUGGAGAAACCAGUGACCACCAGAUGAACCCCAGCAUGGAUGCAGGUUCUCCAAACUUAUCACCAAACCCCAUGUCUCCAGCACACAACCUGGACCUGCAGCCCGUGACCUACUGCGAGCCGGCCUUCUGGUGCUCCAUAUCCUACUACGAGCUCAACCAGAGGGUGGGGGAGACCUUCCACGCCUCGCAGCCCUCCAUGACCGUGGAUGGCUUCACCGACCCCUCCAACUCGGAGCGCUUCUGCCUGGGUCUGCUGUCCAACGUCAACCGCAACGCGGCCGUGGAGCUCACCCGGCGGCACAUCGGCCGCGGCGUGAGGCUGUACUACAUCGGCGGGGAGGUGUUCGCCGAGUGCCUCAGCGACAGCGCCAUCUUCGUGCAGUCCCCGAACUGCAACCAGCGCUACGGCUGGCACCCGGCCACGGUCUGCAAGAUCCCCCCAGGCUGUAACCUGAAGAUCUUUAACAACCAGGAGUUCGCGGCGCUGCUGGCGCAGUCAGUGAACCAGGGCUUCGAGGCCGUGUACCAGCUGACCCGCAUGUGCACCAUCCGCAUGAGCUUCGUCAAGGGCUGGGGCGCCGAGUACAGGAGGCAGACUGUGACCAGCACUCCCUGCUGGAUCGAGCUGCACCUCAACGGGCCCCUGCAGUGGCUGGACAAGGUCCUGACACAGAUGGGCUCCCCCAGCAUCCGCUGCUCCAGCGUCUCCUAAGGAAACCCCUCCUGGGGCCGUGGGGAACAGAGACUGCAACACUUAGCAGAGGCAUAGUAAACAACUCCCCAGUUACUCAAGCGAUGAGAAAAAAAUCUGCUUCAAAAACAAAAGAGAAGCGGGUUUUCUUUGUUUUGUUGUUGUUUUUAAGUACCCAUUUAAGCCACUUCCACUGAAACUGUCGGCACUUUGGUCGGGAUGCUCUGGGGCCGCUGCAGUUGGAAUCUGGAGCUGGAGUUGGUGAGGAUAAAGAGCUGGAUGUUGUUUCAGUGGAGAGCAGGCACUGCUCACCUGCCUCCAGGUUGUGUGUGGCACAGGAGCUAUCCCAGCUCCCAGGAAACUUUCCCUUCCUUCACACAACUCCAGGCUCUGCAGCAUCCCGGGAACACCAGAGCCUGUGGGGCUCCAGGAUGGGAACACCAGACCCCGUGGGACUCUGGGAUGGCUCCUGCUCCUGCAUUCCUUCACCACCCCCCUGAUCCACACGGUACUGCAGCAGCAGGGGGAAGGAGGCAUUUCAGGCACCCUGAAGAACGAAUUCCUGCGGGAAUGUUCCGAAAAGGAAGGAAUUCCCCACACUGGACUUGCAGCAAGGAGGCAGAGCCUGCCUGGUGGCUGAGGGAUGAUGCCCUCAUGGAUCAGCCUGGACCCACAUGGAGCAAAAGCCCAGUUUGAGGCUCUUUGUGGUGUUGCUGCAGCGAUUUUUGACUGGAGCUGCUCCCAGAGGGAGAAUUGUCCCGUGGGGAGCCCUGGCUGGAGCAGCUCAAGCUCAGUGCUCUGCAGUCAGUCUGCAUUAAGCACAGCAGCUCUGGGCUGUGUUCUCCCAGUCUCUGCCUCUCCAAAGCCCCAGGGGCUGCGUGUCCAGGUGGGGCAGGGAUGGAUGUCCAGGCCUGGCUGGAGCUCCCUGCAGGGGCAUCCCGUGCUGUCACAUGCAGCAGCCAGGACAUCUCAGACACAACCAGCCCUCUGUGUGAAACUGUUCCAGCUGAUGAAAAUGCUCUAAGAUGUGUUUUUGCCUGGAGAAAUCAGGAGAGUGUGUAUUUACUUGUAUUAUAAAAUGUUCAUUUUAAACAUACAUGCUCCAGACUGUUUAAUAUUUUUUAUCCCUGCAGCAACUGUCAUGGCAAACAAUUUCCACAACUGGAAAAAAACCCUUAGCACUUGUUUUUAUGAUUCACAUUUGCCAAAUAAGUCUCAUAACUUUGUCAGUGCUGUCCAAUUAUCUGUUUCUUUAUAUCUGCAGUGAAUAUCUUAUGCAUUUGUGCCAAAAUAUUAGAGGGGGAGGGGAGAAAGUGAUAAUCAGUUUCCUAUGGAAAUCUUUUUUCUUGUUUUUUAUCUAUGAAAGACAAACAAGCUGGAUGUGGCUGUGGGAAGGACUCACUGGGAUGGACUUGAGGAUGGUUUUGAUAAAGUUUUAGUCCUGCAAACUUCUGUGGGAGUGCCCUGAUCCACGGGGGGAGCUGACUGGAUCAAACACCCACCAGGAAUCUCCAUGCUCCCCCUUUGCCAACGGCUCCUUCCUCCCAGACCUCUGCAGCCUCUCCUGCUUUGCCAAGCCCACCACUCCUGGAGCUGAGGGGCCCCAGUGCCACCAGAACAGAUCCCAGAGGCCGCUGCUGCUGCUGCAAUGCAGAUGAAGGGAUGGUUUGGGGAGCUCCCUUCCAGAAACGAGGAAUUGCCUUCUUUAAACAUCUGAAAUGUGAGGAGGACUCUCGUGGUGGAUGUGCUCCUGGUGACACAGGACUUUGGGAUGUCCUCUGGCUGAGCCUGGACUGGAGCUGUUGUGUGCAGCACAAGCAGCACUGGAGGCUUGCAGGGUGUUUGAUUUGUUAAAUUUUACAUUGUGUAUGCUCUGAGUUACACCUCUGCCUGCACGGACUGGGGCAAGAAGAGAUCUGUACAAAACAGGAUUUUUUGGGCCUUUUACAAAGCAGGCCUGUUGUCACCAUGGAUUGGUUCAGCAUUGGUUCAGAUACAGGUUUCUAACAUAGCUGCAAAGAAAAAUUUAUCCUGAAUUUUGUAGAAAUGUUUGACUUUUGGCUGUUUAAAUGAGAGGGGAAAAAAUGUGCUCUGUAAAAUGGCCCUGGGUUUCCUCCACGAGUGGCUUAUUGGCUUAUUCUGGUGACAAAUGUUGUGUUGCUGUUGUCCUCAGAAUCACAGAGGAAACUGGACUCUGUGCCUCCUGCAUUAACCACAGAAAUGCCUCUGAAAUCCCAGAGGCAGGGAUUGCAGGUGGUGGUGUGAGCAGGAGCCCAGCCUGAUCCAGAGGCCACCAGUGGGAAUAAAUCCCAAUUUUAAUAUGAAAUUUGCACACGGAGUCAUCUCCUCAGCCAACCUGGAUUUCCACUGGGAACCCCAGCUACAGCCCCUUGCUAAAGGAUAAUUAAUUGCUGACCAUUAUUAAUUGAGGCCUUUUGAAACCCAGGAUUCAGAUGAUGCAUAAAACUUUGGUUAAUCUCCCUCAUCAUCCCUUAAGUGAAAUCCUUGCAGUGGAAAAUGUGAGCUGGCCCAGCGGUGCAGUGAGAUAAAGGGGAGAUUAUCUCCACUCCAGCAUUAAUUUCCUCUGUCCCCUUUGUUUGCUGCUCCCUGAUUCAGGAAAGCUCUGGGGGUUCUGGAGUCACCUUGGGGAGCCCAGCAGAGCCUGGGCCCUGCACAGGGGAGGGGCUGAGCCCAGGGAUGUUCUGCCCAGCUGCCCUGCAUGCUCCCCGUUGCAGAUGAGGUGAAUGCCAGUUCCUGUGCCAGCAAGGCCAGGGAGCAGGGAUUGGGCUGGGAUUGCUGGAGGCAGCAGGGCCCUCAGGGCACGGGAGCCUUGGUUUGAGUUCUAGAACUUGAUUAAAGCAGCCUUGGUGUGGAGCUCAAAGGGAUGGGAGCAGCCUGGCCUGGCUCAGAUUGCAGCUCCAGGCUGGAACAUCCUCUCAUACCAUGGCAGGCUGGGCUCGUUUCUCCAGGAUCUCACCCGGUUUUGUUCCUCCAGAGUCAGUAGCAGGACCUUUGACCCUUCCCUUGGAGUGGCUGCACAGCAGGGCCUGGCUGCUGGCAGAGGACACCCUGUGCUUUCCCAGGCUCUGUUUAUUGUUAAUGUUCUGAAUUGCAGGUUGUAUUUUGUGCUAAGCUUGUCUUAGGAGUAAUCCAGUGCUGUCCAUUUGACUUAAUCUCCAGCAGUCAGCGUGCAUAUGCACAAAGAUGGAGAAAUCCCCUCGGAAGGCAUUUCCCUGGAGCUCUGGCUGCCCUGUGUGCCAGGAAAAGGCCAAGGGAGCCCCUGAGUUGCUCACAGUUUCCUCCCCUUGCAUCAGGAUCCUCUGCAGGGUGAAGGAUGUUCAGGACCCAUCCCGAGCAGCCAGUGGUGGCACUGUGCCUUGAGCUGCUUCCAGACUGGAAAAGCAGGAAGAACCCAGCCCAGGGAAGGACUCCAGCCACAUCCACAGCAUCCAGAGCUCUCCUGGUUCUCUGAGGGGCAGGAGGAUGGAAUUUCGUGGCUGUGCUAAGCUGGGAUGAGAACCAGACCUUCUCUAGUGGUGGCCUGAGCAGUGUGCUUGAGAAGUUCAGUGUUUUUUACUAUGUACCUGCUUUUGUAUUUAUGUGUCUUUCUUGAAUAUUCAGAUGAAUCCAAUAUUUAAUUUUUAGCAGAAGGGGCAAUUAAGGACUCAGAGAAUUAAAUCUUCCAUCUGCUCCUUGC